GCUCCAGACUUUUAGUAUGUUGAAUUAACUUACAAUAUGUACUGAAUUAGGCUACUGUAUUUAAUUUGAGGAGCAAAUAUAAUCCACCUUUAUUUGUAGACAGUAACAUCAAGGCCUAUUAUUUGCACAGUGGGUGGUUCAUUUGUCCAAAACAAACAAGAGACAUAAAAUUAAAAUAGGCUCAAUGUUUAAGACUGCUACUUUUAAAAACAAAGUAGCUAACUCACCAAUCUACCUCAUUUUUGUUGCAAAUACCUGCCAAUGCAUAUUUUAGAGGAAUACAGCCUAAGAAACCACCCCAACAUUAACACCUCGUUUUUCUGAACAGCACUUACUAAUGGAAUGCAACACCUAUAGACCAAUUGAAAGCUACAGCCUGGAUAUAAAUGGAGCCUGAUCUUCUCAGUCUUCAGUCUGAGUUUGGAGCAGGAGAUCAUCAUCAUGACUAACGGAGUCAACGAAAGAUUCAGCGUUUUGCUGGAACAAUCAAGCGUCGUUCCAAGGAAAAAGUACAAAAAAUACUCUACAGGAACAUACAUCGGGCUUAUUGCUUAUGCGAUUCUAGAUUCACCGGACAAGAUGCUCACAUUCAAACAGAUAAUGAAGAAGCUGGAGCCAUUUGUCUUUGGAGAAAAGAAAGGCAUUGAGAACAACAUCAGAGUCUGCUUGUCGUCAAACAGGUGUUUUGCAAAGGUGCCAGUCGAUCCGGAUUAUCCGAAUCCUAAAAAGAACUUCUGGAAAGUGGACGAGAGUGGCAUCACUGCAAAAAUGUUUCGUCGACACUUCAAAUACAUAAUGAACUUGUUUCCUGGCCUAUCCAUUCAGGCACAUCAGGUGGACGAAUGUGAAGAGAAUUCUUACGCUCCUGAGCCUCUCACGCCAGUCUGCACAGUCGCAGAAAACAAAAGCGAAGUCAAAUUUACAGGCCCAUUUUCCAUAGAAUCACUACUGAAGAGCGACCGCGAAGUGAAGCGCAUGCACAGCACGCGUUUGGAGGAACAGAGACUCUACAUAGACCCACAGCGUGGAGCGACCAAGAGAAAAAACUUUUAUGAAUACAACACCGUGGAGUGUUAUUACCCCGUUUCAGCAGUGGGAAGUCAAUUGGUCUCAGCAAAAAGACCUCGUGUAUCUUCAGGACCUUCGUUUGGACUGUCUUUGCCUCCACAGAUCACAUAUGAUCAACCUGUUCUCCUCAGAUCUCCUUUCAUGUAUGAUGCUAGAUAUGUCAGGUGGUGAACAUCCAGAAUGACCAAAUGUAAAUAUUCUGAAAUUGCACUUUAUUUUUGUCCUCUUCCCCCUUUUUUUUUUUUUUUUUUUUUUUUUUUUCUCAAUAAAACAAUGUUUUUUUGCA